CGGGCAUCGGUUUUUGGUUUUUUUUCCUCUGACCUCUAACCCCAAGGCUCUGCCUCCCCCUUCCCACCAUCGACGACGACGAACGCUCCCCUUGCGGGCCAAACUCAGCGACCCUUCAGCUCUUACGCGAAUCCAUCCCACGACGCUUGAACUGACUUUUCUCGUCGCUCUUCUGUUCUCACCCGACUCCACUCGACAGGGCGCUCGCAGCUGCACCAGCUACCGACCCUUCCCCGACGAUAACGGCGACGACGACUCUCUUGCAUCGACAAGACGACUCCCUCCCCAUCAAGGCGAACACGUCCCCCACGGGAUCAAGGCGAAACAUCAUCACCAUAACAAUCCGCGCCAUCUGACGAACAGUUGUCUCACGAGCACAGCACGUCGCGGAUCGUUGUUGUUUUUGUCAUCACGACUUUUUUUGUCUCUUCGCGGACGUGCCCUGAUAGAGCCAAGAUCACUUCGUCUCCCCCCAAGAAGUGCAUCGAAUCCGACACGCAGGCCGGCUGUCUCGUGCACACCCGCAAGCCUCAACUACAUCCUUUGUAAAUUGCAGGCGCCCCACGAAUUCUUCCACAAUCUUCGGCCAAGUCACUGGCUGGUGAGGAAUAAAAGAUGGCAGACCAACAUGAGAUCGAUCUCGACAACGUGAUCGACCGUCUUCUCGAGGUCCGAGGAAGCAGGCCCGGUAAGCAGGUCCAGCUUCUCGAGUCCGAGAUCCGUUAUCUCUGCACCAAGGCUCGCGAGAUCUUCAUUUCUCAGCCCAUCCUGCUCGAGCUUGAGGCUCCCAUCAAGUACUACGACCUGCUACGCCUCUUCGAAUACGGCGGUUUCCCUCCGGAAGCCAACUACCUCUUCCUGGGUGACUACGUUGAUCGUGGCAAGCAGUCGCGGGAGACUAUCUCCUUUCUGUUCGCCUCAAAGAUCAAGUCCCCGGAGACUUUCUUCAUCCUCCGGGCCACCCAGGAGUGUCCCUCGAUCAACCGCAUCUACGGCUUCUACGAGGAGUGCAAGCGUCGUUACAACAUCAAGCUUGCGCCCAAUUACUGCGGAGAGUUUGACAACGCAGGAGCCAUGAUGAGCGUGGACGAGAGUCUUCUGUGCUCAUUCCAGAUCCUCAAGCCUGCUGAGAAGAAACAAAAGUUUGGCCGUCGUUAAUCGUCUGCAACGCUCGCAUCGAACGUCCCCUGUGACACUCGGAUUGACCGACAAACGCUUCCUCUUUCAACGACCCAACGCUCCACUAUUCUCCAGCGCACACGUCCUCCGUGCUUGGUGGACCAACUCGUCUCCUCUCCCAUCGGGAUGCUCAGCCUCGCCCUCCCCAAAUAAUCCCGUACCCCAACCGACUGACACGACGAACAUCGCGCGCAACUCUGAUCACGAUCACGGCUGUCUCUAGUAGCUGAAGAUAACCACACAAAAAAAACACUGGAAUUUGACAUGGUCCCGGUCUACGCGCGGCUGAUGUGACUUGCGCAAAUAAAACCAUGUGGAUUUGGUUGCGGAGUGGUUCCUCAAGUUUAAAUGGUUGCACACAAUCAUCGCAGUGUGAAUGUGCAUCUCGCGUUCUGUUGAGAUGUGCGAUGCCGUCUUCCAGAGAAUUCUUUCCCCUGAAUGCUCUGUAGCAACCGGUUCAAUUACAUCGCCUCGUGAGAUUGAAUGGCAGCCAAUGACGGAUGGCCUAGUCGAGGUACACACGGUGGGGGGACAUGGGUUCAGAGCCCACAGGUAGGGUUGCCAGUACCAGCGAUCAUGCGGUCGAUACUGUACGAUAAAAUGAUGGUCAAUCUGUGGGGUGGGUGACCACAGCAUUCGCAGAUCCGCAAGGCCAAGGUGAUGCCAUGAUGACAGUGCGGUGCAUCCGUCUCUGUGCACAUGACUACUUGCCACUUUCCUUCUGCCUGCCUGUUCUUGUUUCUCCUUCUGUUGAGUUGCUUUUGUUAGUCGUUCUGUUGUCCUAUCGGGAGCAUGGUACUUUGGUUUCACGAGAGGCAUCCGAUGGUUCAUGAUGUAUUCUACGCGAGAUAGUGUGCCUCGGCUCAUGAUGCGACGAGGGAAUGCCGUACACGGGUUGACCUUUCU